GGAUUUAAACCCCAAGGUGAUGGCAAAACGUCUGAAGUUCAUUGCCAGGACUGUGGUGGUACAGGAAGGAAAUGUGGAAGGUGCAUACAGGACCCUAAACAGAAUUCUCACCAUGGAUGGGCUCAUUGAGGACAUUAAGCGACGGCGGUACUAUGAAAAGCCUUGUCGCCGACGACAGAGGGAAAGCUAUGAAACCUGCCGGCGGAUCUACAACAUGGAAAUGGCUCGCAAGAUCAACUUCUUGAUGCGAAAGAAUCGGGCAGACCCAUGGCAGGGCUGCUGAGGCCUGUGGAUUGUA